GUGCAUUGAUGCUGCCGUGUUGUUUUGUUUACAUGUGUGUUGCAUGCAUAUGCUAUUGGCCUCAUAUUAUAACAUACAGUGCAGUAGGCCUACCGGACAUCAUUCGACGUUCGGCCUUACCGUAAAGCACACACAACCGGACGCCAUUUUCAACUGUUUAUCAGCAGAUCAUAGAUUUAUUAAGGGCAGUGUGAAACUGAAAUAUUCCUCAUUUCAAAAUGGAGCAAGCUGGAACUGACACUCAUCAUCAUGACCAUUCCCGUCAUCAUCAUGAACAGAUGGAUACAGACAGGACAGGACGUGAUCAGGUACUUGCCACAACAACUCUUGAGAAGACAAGUGGAGCCAAAACAUCAGACUUCUAUAGAACAGAAAAACUUCCACAUAGAUUUGAAAAUCCUGAGGUAUUUGAAGGAUAUAAUCACAAACCCCAGAACCUUCUUUAUCGUACUACAAGCAUGGGAUAUGGCAGUAUACCUCCCACUGUUGACACAGUCCCCACUUGUUUCCAUGCACGUACUAAUAAAUUCUCAGAGCAUCUAGGUAAAUGUGGCAUGUACCGCAAUGAAGGAUUGAACACAAGCAUGGAAUCAAGCGGAGUGUGAUAAUCAACUGAUUAUUCGAGCUUGUCGAUAGCAAAAUUCGGACAUUGAAAUGAAUCUUAACUCAGCCAAAGUAGAAAGGACAAUGCUACAUGGUUAUCUUUGUGAACUCAACAAAAAUGAAGUGUCAUUUUUUUUCCAUCGUUUGGAAAUCAAAUAUUCAGCAAGGUCCAUGUUUCAAUCCUUCUUAAAGAUGAAUUUGAUAAUUCAUGUGCUGUAGAAGAUUACAAGUUGUAUGCAAUAUGCUAUGUACAUAUCUUGUAAAUAGAGAAAAAAAAUUCUACUGUACUCUUCUGCAAAGUGAAAUGUUUGAAGAACCAGCAUAUGCAACAGGUCGUAUUACGCUUAUUCCGUUAACAUACUUGAAAGAGGCUCACAAAGUGUUUGUUUCAGUGCAAAUGAAAGCCAAAGAUACAAUAUGAUACGCUCUACCUUGGUUACAUGUACAUGCAGGUUUUUUUUUUAUUUUUAAACACUUGUUUGAAGAUCAAGUUUAUCAUGCUUAUUACCAUUUUCAUUUAUGAAUUGCCUUAUAAUUGAGAAUGACAUUGCCUACUGAUUCUUAGUCCCAUGUGUUGAUGGUUCAGUCCAAGACCCUUGAAUGAUUUAAUUACUAAAGUAGUACAGUACUGCCUUA